AUGGCUCCUGCCGCUACCGACGUCCGCAAUAACGACGGCAUUGCCAACUACACCAAGUUCUGGCAGAAGGACUCCAAGGAUGACUCCGCUACCGACAUGGCCAACCGUCUCUCCGAGUACACAUCGGUUGUGAACGGCUACUAUGACGGCGCCACCGACCUUUACGAGUACGGUUGGGGUCAGAACUUCCACUUUGCCCGCUACUACCCUGGUGAGGCUUUUAUGCAGGCCAUCGCUCGUCACGAGCACUACCUCGCUCACCAGAUGGGUCUUAAGCCCAAGAUGCGCGUCCUCGAUGUCGGAUGCGGUGUCGGUGGUCCUGCUCGUGAGAUUGCCCGUUUCGCCGACGUCAACAUCGUUGGUCUCAACAACAAUGAGUACCAGGUUCAGCGUGCCCGCAAGUACACCGUCAAAGCCGGCCUCUCCGCUCAGGUCGAGUUCGUCAAGGCUGACUUCAUGAAGCUCGACGAGCAGUUCGGCGAAAACAGUUUCGAUGCCGUCUAUGCCAUCGAGGCUACCUGCCACGCUCCCAACUUCGAGGGCAUCUACGCUCAGAUCCACAAGGUUCUCAAGCCUGGAGGAAUCUUUGGUGUCUACGAGUGGUGCAUGACUGACGCCUGGGAUGGCAGUAACCCCGAGCACAAGCGCAUUGCACACGGCAUUGAAGUCGGUGAUGGCAUUCCCGAAAUGCGCUCCAUCAAGAAUGCCCGCAAUGCCCUCACCACGGUCGGCUUCGAGAUCCUUCACGAGGAGGACCUUGCCGACCGCGACGACCCUAUCCCUUGGUACUACCCCAUUGCCGGUAGCUUGAGGCACUGCCAGACGGUUUGGGAUUACUUUACCGUUGCACGUAUGACCAAGAUCGGUCGUGCUGCCACACAGGGUGCCGUCAAGGUUCUCGAAACCCUUCGCCUCGUACCCCAGGGUACUCACUCGGUUGGUGCAUCACUCGUCACUGCCGCCGACGCUCUUGUCGAUGGUGGCCGCACCAAGCUCUUUACACCAAUGAUGCUCUUCGUUUGUCGCAAGCCCGAGUGCAAGUGA